CCCGGCGUCUGUAUCAGCUGUACGUAAUCUGCGUCCCAUGCUGUUUACUGGUCACGGAGGAGAACAUCAAGGAAGGAGGUCUGGGCCGCGUCAACUGAGCCCGGAUCACCGCGCCCUACGCCCGGGAAACAGCAGUCUGCUGUAUGCUCCAUCACCGCCUUAUUCUUAGGAACCGACUGUAUGAUUAAGAUACACUCUUCAAUGAGUAAGCAUAGCCCUUUCUGUGGUGUUCUUGGUUACACAUUUAUGGAGUUUCUGAAGGGCAGUGGAGACUACUGCCAGGCACAGCAUGCGCUCUAUGCUGACAAGUGAACUGUAGAAGAAAUUCAUUACUACUCCACCAAGAAACCCCCCUAAGAGCCGUCAGCCUGUACAAGAAGUGUUGGAUUAAAACUGAAUUUGACUGAGCACUUUGCUUAAGGGGCUGAAAUCUGGAUGGGGUAAACAUCAGUGCACUGCAUUUCUUUUGCCUCAGUAUUACUGAUUUAAAGAUUUGCUGCUUCUUAUACGGAGGUCCAUUUCACUUCCAUUGCUUCCAUCCAAGCAAGCACUGAGAAUUUUUACGUGGAGUAGAGUGAAGUUGGCUUCAGUUACAAGCAUAAUUUCUUUUGAUUAACUUUUUGUUGCUCCCCAAACAACAUUUUUUUUCUUUUGAACUGUACACAUUUUUUACGACAUUAAAAUGGCCAGAAUGAACCGCCCAGCUCCAGUGGAGAUAACCUACAAGAACAUGAGAUUCCUUAUAACGCACAACCCAACCAACGCAACUUUAAACAAAUUCAUAGAGGAGCUUAAAAAAUAUGGUGUUACAACCUUAGUAAGAGUGUGUGAAGCCACUUAUGACACUGCUCUGGUUGAAAAGGAAGGAAUUCAAGUUUUGGAUUGGCCAUUUGAUGAUGGUGCACCUCCAUCCAGCCAGAUUGUAGAUGAUUGGUUAAACCUCCUGAAAGUGAAAUUCCGUGAAGAGCCUGGUUGCUGUAUUGCAGUUCAUUGCGUUGCUGGCCUUGGCAGAGCUCCAGUUCUUGUUGCUCUUGCACUCAUUGAAAGUGGAAUGAAGUAUGAAGAUGCAGUGCAGUUUAUAAGGCAGAAAAGACGCGGAGCCUUCAACAGUAAGCAGCUGCUCUACUUGGAGAAAUAUCGUCCUAAGAUGCGUUUACGCUUUAAAGAUUCCAACGGACACCGAAAUAACUGUUGCAUUCAGUGAAUUUGCAUUCCAGAAUACACUGCAGAAGAAAACUGAAGACCUGUGCCGACUUUGUGCUUAUAGUCAAUAUUUAUAGGUCAAGUGAAGCUUACUUAGUAUGAACAGGAGUAGGUCACAAUCCUAGCAGUACUGCAACUGCUGUUACUGCAUAGAAUAAAAUUAAUGUAAUUGAGCUUAAUAAUUUUGCUUAUUGUCUGUGUCCCUCCUUGUUGCAAUCAUGCAGUGUUGAUUUUUUUUUUUUAAUCUACAUUAUUCAAAUUUUGCAGAUGCCAACAUUUUAAUAUGCAGUUUUCAGCGCCCCGCCUAACUGUUUUUAAUAAUUCAAACGGCCACAAUUAAACAUGGGCAUUGGUUCAUAACUGGCUGGCUGCUCACUGUAUGUUUACAUCUUCUCCCACAGUUUUUGUAAUAUCAAGAUUUGCUCAACAAUGCUUUGCCCCAACUUUUUUAGCUUCCUUUUGUGCAUUGCCAACCCAUGAAUUAGUGAAUUAGUUAGUAAUUAGCCCUAAUACUAACCACCGUGGUUUAAUAUUUCUGUUAUAGAAGCAUACCAGUUAUCCUGUACAAGUUUUCAGACAAAGCCUUACUGUUUAAAUUAAUGUUUGCACCCGUGUUAUGAAGGGCCUAAUAUGUGCUAUAUCCCCUUGCCCUAAUAGUCAAAUGUUGCCUUUGUCUUGUGCAGGAAGUAUAGAAUAUCAUUUUUUUUUGUUAUCAGUAAAUAUUUUUAAACUGUAAAGCUAAAUUCUCAUCAUACAAUUUUUGAACCUAUUUCUUUUAUUAUGAUACAUUUGGAGAAUUGCUUUUCAACAAUUGCUCUGUAAUUCCUUGAUUUCCCUUCCUAAAGUUCUGCUACUUCCAAAGUGGAGCUCAGUGUCUGUAUUUUGUAUGCUUUUUGAGCUGUGUAAGUUGAUCUUUGGAUACUUGAUUUGUUUUAUUAUGUAAUUGAUAAAAAUGGUGGUCUGUAUUGUUAGCGCAAGCAUAUAUUUAUACUGUCUUGGAAAUGUGUGAUGUUAGUUCUGUGGGAGAAUAAGUUACUAGUGUUCACCAGCUUGUAAAUCUAGUAGGAGAGCUUGAACAUCAAAAUAAAGAGUGGAAAAUAAA